AUGGAGAACAAUGAGAGGACUAUGGGGGUAGAGCACCCAUCAACGGUGGAAAGCAUGAACAGACUUGUGUCAACUUAUUGGCACCGGAACCAAUUGCAGGAGGCCGGUAAACUUUUAGAUCAAGUUCUGGUUAGAGAUGCGAAGCUCGGCGAGAAUCAUCCCUAUGCAUGGACAAACAUGAGCAACAUGGCGCAGGGGAGCUGGGUCGAGGCUCUGAAGCUUGAUCUAAAGUUUUUGAGAGUGCUACCGCCAACGCAUAACUCGCUGUUACAUUGGAAAAUGAGACUCACUUCAACGUAUCGAGACCAAGGAAAGCUAGAGCCUGCCGAACAACUUGGACUAGAGGUCGUCACUACUUGUCAAGCUUCCCUUGGUACAAAUCACCCUGUGAGGCUCACCUCUCUGGAAAAUCUUACAUCUACAUAUCGAAAUCAAGGUCGAUUGUCAGAUGCCGAGGAUCUUGGAAAGGAGGCAGUGAGAAUUUGCGAGAUCGUACACGGCGAGACACAUGUGGAAACCCUUAUAGAUCAAGGCCAUCUAGAAGAGGCUAUGGAUCUUGGAGAAAACGCACUAAGGAGGAUGGAGGCUAGUCUGGACCGUCACAUGGGUGUCCCUAUGGCCGAUCUCGCAGUGACAUAUCAUAUGCUACAAUUACUGCCCGAUGCUGAAGCUUUAACAUCCCGGGCUUUGCACUUAAUGGAAGAGACCCUUGGCGAAGACGACCCACACACCAUCUACGCCAUGGCCAAUCUCAGCAUCAUAUGUAAAUCACAGAACAAGUUGGAUGCUGCGAAAGAUUUGCAGAGACGGUGUACACCCGCCGAGAAAGGAUUUUUGAGAAGGAUUAUCCUGAAACCGUUGCAGCGCUGGGGGAUUUGA